UGUGACACCUUCUUCUCACUCUAGUGAUUUUGUGCGACCUCCAUCGAUCACCAAUUUUCAAUCACGCCGCAACCGUGUUCGUCGCCAUCUCUAACUCUCCGUCAAAUUGAAGCCCGCAAUCACGCCACGACCUUCAGUCACCUACCGUCAGUGCGAUCUGUAUUCUCUUCAUCUAUCUGCAUCUCACAAACCCUAACCGAGUAAGUUCCCUCUCAACAACUUAGGCUCUACAACUCAGACUCUGUUUGACAAGGUGAUUAAGCAAUGGCAGGAAAAGGACUUGUUGCAGCGAAAACCAUCGGGGAUAACAAAGACAGAGACAAGAAGGAACCCAUUUCUCGUUCUUCUCGUGCUGGAAUCCAGUUUCCUGUGGGUAGGAUCCACAGACAGCUGAAGCACAGAGUCCAAGCUAAUGGACGUGUGGGAGCAACAGCUGCAGUGUAUCUGGCAUCAAUUCUGGAGUAUCUGACUACAGAAGUACUUGAACUGGCUGGAAAUGCAAGUAGAGAUUUGAAUGUGAAGAGGAUCACACCAAGACAUUUGCAACUGGCUAUUAGGGGAGAUGAGGAACUUGAUACCCUUAUCAAGGGAACGAUUGCUGGUGGUGGUGUCAUUCCUAACAUUCACAAGUCCUUGAUCAAUAAAACUGCCAAAGAAUGAGUUCUUGCUUUUGUUGUCAUGUGGUGGUGCUGUUUAUUUUAAUUAGGGGUGUGUUUUUAAUCAUGACUUGAAUUGACUUAAAAUGAUGAUGAUCACAGUAGGGUAGUUUUACAAUUUUGAAUCAAUUGAUUGAUAUGGUGGUGUGUAAAUGGUGGUAUUCUUAUGUCGUCCUUUGGAUGGUUUAAUUUGUCCGUCUUAGAUAUUUGUGAUGUUGUUGGAGUUUAUACUAAGAAAAAAAAAAAGUUUAUAACUUGUCUGAGAAUAAAAGUCAUGUUUGAUAACA